GGUGCAAGUAUGGACAUAACAGCCUAUGAUGAUUACUCCAGUCCACCGCUUCAGAGAUAUUGAAAGGAAACCUGAAUACCUCCAGCCAGAAAAGUGUGUUCCACCUCCUAGCCGCGCUUCCCUGGGAACAAUGUGGUUUAUUCGAGAUGGCUGUGGUAUUGCAUGUGCUGUCGUUACCUGGAUGCUGGUGUUCUAUGCCGACUUUGUAGUCCUUCUUGUCAUGCUAGUUCCAUCGAGAGAUUAUGUUUAUAGUGUCAUCAAUGGCACACUGUUCAACACCUUGGCUUUCCUCGCUUUGGCUUCACAUUUUCGUGCUAUGCUGACAGAUCCAGGUGCUGUACCCAAAGGUAAUGCCACAAAGGAGUUCAUCGAGAGUUUACAGCUAAAGCCAGGACAGGUGGUUUACAAGUGCCCAAAGUGCUGUAGCAUCAAACCUGACAGAGCACAUCACUGCAGUGUUUGCAAGAGGUGUAUUCGGAAAAUGGACCAUCACUGCCCGUGGGUCAAUAACUGUGUAGGAGAGAAUAACCAGAAGUACUUUGUACUGUUUACAAUGUAUAUAGCACUGAUUUCCCUGCAUGCUCUAAUCAUGGUGGGAUUUCACUUCUUGUAUUGCUUUGAAGAAGACUGGACAAAAUGCAGUUCCUUCUCUCCGCCAACGACAGUGAUUCUUCUCAUCCUGUUGUGUUUCGAGGCUCUCCUAUUUCUUAUCUUCACCUCGGUUAUGUUUGGGACCCAAGUACACUCCAUCUGCACUGAUGAAACGGGAAUAGAACAGUUGAAAAAGGAAGAGAGAAGAUGGGCUAAAAAAACAAAAUGGAUGAACAUGAAAGCAGUAUUUGGCCAUCCGUUCUCUAUAGCAUGGCUUAGCCCAUUCGCAACACCAGACCAAGGAAAAGCAGACCCGUACCAGUAUGUGGUCUGAGGAAUUCCUGACCAGCAUUUCCACUAAAAUAGAAACAUAUUACAGCACUACUGUUAUAAAUUUUCCAUGAAUGUUGAAAAAAAAAAAAAAAAGGAAAAACAAACUUUUUUUAUGUCUAUAAAAUGGUGGAUAAUUACAGAG